AUGGCUUACUACACCACAUUAUUUGCUGCAUCGCUAAUGACGACGGCGGUUAUUGUACUACUAGUACUAGUCGGCGGGGGACAUUUGGGCACUUCCCUUGGAGCUCCGAUCUGCGGCGACACUCCGGCGACCGACCAGGCGUCGUUCGCUGGUUACGUACAUGACGUUCACCUACUUCGCCAGGAUUCCAGACCAAGGCGGCACUGGUUCCGCCAUGGGCACUGA